GAUGGGGACCCGCACCCCGGGGGCUGCCAGCGCCCCUCUCCGCAAUGAGGGGGGGGCUCAAAAAGGGGGGGCGUUAAGGGCAGAGGAUGCUUGGGGUGGGUCACGCGUCGGGCCCGCAGCACACCCGCAUCGCAUGCAGCAGACCCCGCGGCACGCACCGGACACACGUCACGCUCAGCGGACCCGCACUGCCUCCUGCACCAGCACCCCGGGGUGGGCACCAGCACCCCGGGGUGGGCACCAGAGCCGUGGCGCACGCACCGGACCCACAGCCUCUGCAGCAGACACACUGCACACACCCACGGCACGCCACUGGCCCCGCAUCGCAAAGACUGGACCCGUGCGGCAUCCACCAGACCCCCACGGCAUGCAUCAGACCCAUGUCCUGGUCACCAGACCUUCACCAGACCCAUAUGGCAGUGCACCAGACCCCCAUCACCUGCACCAGACCCCCACCCCACUCACCAGACCCACCCUGCACCCCCCAGCCAUACGGCACACCCCGGACCCCCACCGCACGCACUGGACACACCCUGCAUGCACCAGACCCUCCCCGUGCGCACCGGCCCCGCAUCUGCUCCCUACAGAGCCCAAACGUUUCUCCCAGCUCUGCGGGGCAUUGCAGGAGCUGGAGCUGCUGGGCGAUGGCGAUUUUAUUGCUUAAUGGCCUGUAGCUCCGUCUCCGAAGGGAUACAGAAAACAAACGGGGUGAUGGAUGAGCCCUGCGCUCCUUUUCUCUCCUCCCCGCAAGUUCCCCCGCGCCCAGGACCCGCGGCACCGUGGCCAUGUCUCUGCCGGGCAGCAGACGCUCGUCCACCGGAUCCCGAAGUCGCGGGCUUUAUGGACGGAGUGGCUUGGCCUCCUUCUUUAAGUCUUCGGCGCCCUCAGCCACUCGGCCUGAGACACAGCCUCUUCUCCCUGCCUCCAGGCGCCCCUCGCCCCCCGGGAGGGACACCUACGGCACCUCCUCGCUGAGCAGCAGCAGCAAUUCUGGCUCCUGCAAGGGCAGCGACAGCAGCCCCACCCCAAGGCGCUCGGCCAAGUACAACCUGUGCAGUGACAACCACGGCAUAAAGCCGCCCACGCCGGAGCAGUACCUGACGCCCCUCCAGCAGAAGGAGGUUUGCAUCCGGCACCUCAAAGCUCGCCUGAAGGACACGCAGGAGCGGCUGCAGGACAGGGAUGCUGAGAUCGAGGACCUGAAAACGCAGCUGUCGAGGAUGCAGGAGGACUGGAUCGAGGAGGAGUGCCACCGCGUGGAGGCCCAGCUGGCGCUGAAGGAGGCGCGCAAGGAGAUCAAGCAGCUGAAGCAGGUGAUCGACACGGUGAAGAACAACCUGAUGGAGAAGGACAAGGGCCUCCAGAAGUACUUCGUGGACAUCAACAUCCAGAACAAGAAGCUGGAGACGCUGCUGCACAGCAUGGAGAUCGCGCAGAACGGGGCGCUGAAGGAGGAGGGGGCCGGCGAGUCGGCGGGGGGGUCCCCAGCCCGUUCCCUCACCCGCAGCUCCACCUACACCAAGCUGAGCGACCAGGCGGCCGGGGACCGCAACGUGGGCGGCUCGCAGACCAUCUCGGUGGACGAGGGGGCCGACAGCGGCUUCGCGGGGGCGGACGAAGCCCCCGGCCGCCCGGACUUGCUGGAGGGGGGUGAACCGUGCGCCCGGCUGCCCCCCAGCUCCACCUACGAGAAGCUGCUGGGGCUGCGGGGCGGCGUGGAGGCGGGCGUGCAGGCCAGCUGCAUGCAGGAGCGAGCCAUCCAGACGGACUUUGCGCACUGCCAGCCCGACCUGGACACCCUCCUGGAGAAGGUGAUCAAGUCCCAAGCUUGCAGUUUGGGCAGCCCCACCUCCGCCUGGGUCUCCGAGUUGGAAGACGGCUGCGAGCAACCCAACCCCGCCGGCACCAUGGACCUGGUGGCCGCCGACCCCGAAACCGUGCCGGCGGAGACGGGGACCCCCCACAACAACCCCACGGUGCAGCAACCCCACGGCACCGGCUCGUCCGUGGCCAUCACCUGCGUGGCGGCGGCGGCGACGGAGGUGGAGGAGGAGGCGACGGAGGCGAGCUGCGACGCCGCAGCCCCGGCCAAGAGCUACUGGAGCCGCCACUUCCUCGUGGAUCUGCUGGCCGUGGUGGUGCCGGCGGUGCCCACGGUGGCGUGGUUGUGCCGCUCGCAGCGCCGGCAGGGCCAACCCAUCUACAACAUCAGCUCGCUGCUGCGGGGCUGCUGCACCGUGGCCCUGCACUCCAUCCGCAGGAUGGGCUGCCACGCCGUCGGCACCCCCGGGGGGAGCACCCAGCCCUGACCCCCACCCACCCCGUCCUCCCCAAAUCGCCGCCGCCGUCCCCCCUGCCCGCCCCCACGGACCCGACCGCUGAUUGUAAAGCCCCAGUGCCGGCGUUGCCCCCGCUCCCCCGGGGUUGGGGGCACCUCGUCUCCUCCAGGCUCCUUAUGCAACCCCAAGGAGGGGGCAAAAAGGGGCGCGGGGUGGGGUUUGGGGGGGUUCUGCUGCUGCUCUGACACCUCUGUCCCAAAGGAUGCCGAGGACCAUUCGUGGAGGGGUGGUGACACACGGGAUGGCCAAACCCUGUGCCACCCCCCGGCAUGGCUUUGGGGGUGCCACCCCGCUGGGGGGGUGACUUCAUUGCACUUGCUUUCUUUUCGGAUGUCCCCACGUGGCCCAGGGGACAGCUCUCUGAUGGCAAGGAGCCGUCGGGCACCGGGGGGGCCAGCAUGGGGCCGUGGUGGAUCCCCCCCACCCCACUGGGCACCUUCCUUGCGCCGGGUGCAGCUCCGCACGGUGACGGCAAAUUGCAGCUGCUGGUGGGGGGACAGCGGGGAGCCCCCGGAUAACUGAGAUGGAAUCGGAUGGAAUCUGAUGGAAUUGGAUGAAAUCGGAUGGAAUUGGAUGAAAUCAGACGGAAUUGGGUGAAAUUGGGCGGAACUGGCGAUACCAUUGGAUAUACCUCACGCGUCAGAGCAAGGCUGAGCCGCCCGCGGCGCCGUCGGUCCCGUACCGCUCGUUCGUUUGCUUUGCACUAGGGUCACUUUUUUUUUUCUUCUGGUAAGGACAAAAACCCCGGGGUGGGGACCCAGGUGGUGGUGGGGGGGUGAGGAUGAGCCGACCCCUUGCUGGCAGCCUCCAGAAAAUGCCUUUUUUUUCUUUUUUUCUUUCUUUUCUUUUUUUUUUUUUUUGAAAAGCAAAGACAGCAAAGGUUGGUCAGCGGGGGCCGGCGAGGCACCAGACUUCAGGCUCCCUCCUGGGUGUGCCGAGGGGUGCCGGGCCCCGGCCCCCACCACGAAUGUCUGCGGCUCCUUCGUGACUUGAAUUAACGAUGUGCUCCCCCCCCUCGCCCCCCAGCUCCGCUCUAGCACCCAUGGGUGCUGCAGGAGCUGGCGACGCUCAUGGGGCCCCGGCUGCUGCCCACUCGCCUUGGCCCCCGCCGUGUCCUGCAUGCCCCGAGCCUCCCCGCGCCCCCCAGUCCGUGGGGCCGGGGGGGGCACCGUGUAAAAUAUUCGGGGAGAAGCGGUGGGAACGCAGCCGGGAUAUCAGCCUCUCGUGCAAUGUAGUUGUGGAUCCGUGUACGCGUCUGUCCGACUAUCCAAAGCUUUGCCAAGAAAUAAAUGUAACGACUAUAUUUGAAAGACAAA